AUGACGGAUAACCUGGUCCUACUCGGUAUUUCGUACUCUGCACCAACCCAUUCCACGGCACUACACGGCGCAGACCCGAUCCGUACCACAGAGCGAAAGGUAGAACAAUCGAUAGCACAUGUGAAGAGACCUGUGAAGCGGUCUAAGGUUCCAUAUAUCGAUGCGGAAAAAUACAAGACAGGUAUAGAUAGUGUGGUUGGUAGAGCCGCGGUUGUUCAGGCGGGUGAUAUAAUGGUUUCAGAAGGACCUAUUGCAACUACAUCCGGAUAUACAUCUGACAAUGUUAUUAUGGUGGCGAUGUGGAAACAUGAGGGAUUCGCGAAAACAGAGAAGCUCUUAACAGAUAGUGGUAGUUUUAAGGAUCUCAGGUUCAAUAGCCCCAUGCGAAGGAUAGGGGAUAAGAUUGAUGACCUGGCAUAUCAUCCAAUUGUAUGGAACACUAUCAAGGAAGCACUGACAGCAACUGACACCAUAUCACACUAUAAAGUUUUGGUGGAAAAAUUGACGAAGGCGAAGUUGUCAUAUCCCACAGACAGAGUGUUCACUAGUUGGAUACAGAAAGUACGGACUUAUCAGCUCCAAUAUGACACUGAUCCACAGGCUUUAGGUUCGCAUGAAGUGGAGUUAUCCAACGCCUAA